AUGGAUUUGAGGAAGGUUUCUGACGAGGAAAAAGUCAACUUGUGCAGGAAAUAUACCAUUCACAUAUUCAAUUAUUAUUAUUUAUUUCUAAAUCCUUUUUUUUUUUCAUUUACGUGCUAUCUCCUUAGUGUGGUUGUCGUGUUCCAUUGCGCUUUUCUUCGUGAUCGAUCAAUUUGUUGGUUAGAUGUGUUAAAGUUACCAGCCUUAUAUCACUUUGAGCUUGAUCAUAUUUUGUAAUUUUCAGUGGAUAGAAAACAUCAUUACGUGUAGUUGCGAUUACUGCUGCUUUAAGAAAGCGCUUUAUCCUUUGCUGUAGAGAAAAAAUACUUAAGCUCAUUGUGCCAAGAAGAGCUGCAACACAGUACUAGGUUCUAGAUUGUUGGAUUGAUUACUGUCAGAUCAUACCACUGGUAAGUUAUUCAAAUGUCAAGCAGUCAGCAUGGGUAUAAAGUAACUCAAAAUUUUUCUCUGUUAUAGAUUGUUAAAUUCUCCUUGUUUUCAUGAUUUGAAUGACUUGUUCAUUUGUUAUGUGCUAUUGUUGUGUUUUCCUUGAUUCCGUCAACACAUUUUUUAGGAGGAUUUGCUUUGCUCCCUUUUUUGUGGUUUAUCAAUGUUGUUUGGUUCUUCAAGGAGGCAUUUAUCAAACCAUCAUUUUCAGGGCAAUCAAAGCUUAAAUCA